UAUAGGCAAAACCCUGUACAGAAACUUAAACCCCAAAAUUAACGGCUUCUGCAUCAGCCGCCCCGCCACAGACAAACCGCGCGCCCAAUCUCUCAGAAAAUCGCCAUGGAUGAUUUCAUCGCCACCGCAGAGAAAAAGGUGCUUGUGGAGAUUGUGAAGUUGGCCCAGAAGCGAGGAAUGAAGGGUUCUAAAGGAGACUGGAAGCAGUUUCUAGAUAGUUAUGAUAAAAAAUUUGGGGCCAGCUUGAGUGAUCCUGGAAAGAGGUCAAUCGAUGUGUUGACUGCGUUUGUCAGGAGUUUUGAUAAACAGGAUGAUUUGAAGCUUUUCGCCAAAGUUGUACAAUGCAAUUCGAAUCGCCAAGGAGUAGACCAGUUCUUGAAGAACUCUCCGGCAAAUGAAUCCAAGGAGCAGAAGCUGGUCCGUGUAACUCUUGAGCACCCACAAUACCCAAUUGACUAUUCGUUCCCGUCACAUAACCAGGACUGGGUAAUUACAAAGCUCAAUAAAAAGUCGAAGCAGAUGUCAAAUGCAAUGCUUGCUGUUGAUUGUGAGAUGGUUCUAUGUAAAGAUGGAUCUGAAGCUUUAGUAAGGGUGUGCGUUGUGGAUCAAAACUUAGAGGUCAAACUGGAUGAACUAGUAAACCCCAACAAAGAAGUUGCUGAUUACAGAACUGUGAUUACAGGAAUGUCUGCAGCAGAUUUGGCUGGUGUUACAUGUACUUUAGCUGAUAUACAGAAAUCCUUCAAGAAGUUGUUGUCAGAUGGAACUAUUUUAGUUGGACACAGUUUGAAUAAUGACCUGCAGGCAUUGAAGAUAGACCAUAUAAUGGUGAUUGAUACCGCAUAUGUAUUUAGAUAUUCGGAUGGGCCUAUUUCUAGAAAACCUUCCUUGAAUAAUCUGUGCAAGUCUGUGUUAGGCUAUGAAGUUAGAAAGAAAGGUUCUCCACACAAUUGUCUAGAUGAUGCCUGUGCUGCAAUGAAACUUGUUCUUGCUAAGGUAGAGCGUGAAGUUGGUGAUACCAUUCCAUCAGUUCAGGAGGAUGUACCUGAUACUAAUAUGGCCAAGCUACUCCUUCACAGGAUACCAAGAACAGUGCCCAGUGUAGAAUUGCAGAAUGCCAUACCUGGGAACUUCACAUUAGAAGUCAAGAAGCCAUCGGUUAAAGCCAAAGGAGGUAUAUAUUCUGCCUUUGCUAUAUUUAAGAAUCAACAAGAAGCGCAUCAAGCAUAUGAAAAAGUCCAAGGCAGCCAGGAAGAGGACUCGUCUGGACGGCCACAAAAACUUAUUGAAUUUAAGCUCAGCACAGGCGUAGUUACUAAUCUAUAUGUUCGUAAAAUGGUAGAUAAUGGUUCCUCAAACCAAACCUCUUCAAAGAGAGCUCUUGAAGUUGAGGAGAGCACAGGUGCAAAUAAGAAACAAAAGAUGGGUGUUAAAAUAGAAGAUGAGACGAUGGCUGACUUAGAUCAUUGUUGCGAUCAUCUCAAAGAGAUAGAAAGAUUGAAGCAAGAACAAGAAAAGCUAUUGAAACAGUGUUCAGAUCAGUUAAAAGAUAUUGAAGGAUUGAAGCAAGAAAUUAAAAAUAGGGAAUAUGAAAUCUCUAUGCUGAAGAAGAGCCAAGUUCCAGAAGGACAAGAAAAAAGGCUGUAUAAAAAAAAGGACAAGAAAAAACGGAAAUAGACUACAAGGGCAGCUCUAAAUGAUUUCCUUCAUUAUAUUUUGCUGCUCUGGAGCGAUUUGGUUGCUCAAAAUGUUGGAACGACGUACAUCUUUUUAAAUGUGCUGGUGGAUACCUUCAAUUUUGCUAAUGAUCAGUUUUGAUUGGUGUGAAUGGGGUCCAGAAUAUCCAGCUUCAUCUGCCCAUGAAGAGAACUUCAAUGAAGCAAAUUUUAGUGUGGGAGAUGGUUUUUAUAUGUUGAGAAGUGGUACAGGAUGUUUAUGUACCAAAAAACUGAGUUUGUAUUCUUUCAUGUAACAAUUCUAUCAACAGAAUUCAAA